AUGGACCAUGGAGAUCACGGAGGACAUGGUGGCCAUGACAUGGGCCCCCAAUGCUCUAUGAACAUGCUCUGGAACACCCAGAUUAUCGACACUUGCAUAGUGUUUCCGUCAUGGCAUAUCGGCUCGAAUGGCCAGUUUGUCGUCUCCUUCUUCGCUAUCGUCGCUCUUGGUAUCUUCUACGAAUACCUUCGCGCCUUCUCCACCGCGUUUGACCGCCGUCUGGCUGCGUCUUUGACCAAGGGCAAGAGCCGUAGUCACAGCCCUGCAAGCGAACGUGCAUCGCCAGCUAGGGCUACCGAAUAUGAGGAGGCUGGUCUAUUGUCUGGUCGUGUUCGGGUCAACAAGGUUGGGUACGUAACUAUCCCAUGCUUCCCACCUCUGUAUCGGGUGAUUCGUGCUCUGUUAUAUGGGACCACUGUGUUCCUGUCUUUCUUCCUCAUGCUGGUGUUUAUGACCUAUAACGCCUACCUCAUCCUUGCCACUGUCGCCGGUGCUGCAAUUGGUCACUACAUCUUUGGCAGUCAUAUCGACAUCGAAGGGGGCGCCAGCAAAGGCAUGGCUUGCCACUAA